GAGGCAACAUGGCGGCGCCCAGUAACGCAGAGCACUCUCCAGAGAUAGCGACGCCGCUGAAGAUCCCCAAAACGGAGGCUCCGUCCCCCGAGUCGGAGGACUUCAGCGACAGCAACCAGUACCACUCCGGCCCCUCCACACCGAACCGCUUCUCGCCCCUGAACGUGGGCUCCGCGGGCUCGGCGGGCUCCGGCGGCGCCGCGGGCCGGCCGGUGGCCUCGUCCUCCGGCAGCUUCCCCGCCUGCCGCGGCAUGUCGUGGACGCCGUCCGAGACCAACGCCCUGAUCGCGGUGUGGGGCAACGAGCGGCUGGCGGAGGCGCGCAUGCAGCAGCUGGAGGUGGCGGGGACCGUGUUCUCCGGGAAGGCGCCCGGCCCCGCCAUGUACGAGCGGGUGUCCCGAGCCCUGGCCGAGCUGGGCUACGAGAGGACGCCGUCGCAGUGCCGGGAGAGGAUGAAGACACUGAGGCGCUGCUACAGCCGCGUGAAGGAACACGGCAUCGGUAAGAGGAAGAGCAGCUACACCAUCGAGCAGCUGGAGAAGGUGUUCGGUCAGGGAGGCUGGGACUCGCAGAGCUGCGCCCCGGUUCUGAUCAACAGCAGCGGACUCUACCAGGACAUGGAGUCAGACAGCAGCACCAUGGAGGACUUCUCCCAGGAGGACUGGUGCAACCAGGUCCUGGACUCGGCCUUCCAAGACAUGGACACUGAAGAAAUCCAGGUGCCUAAAAACCGAGCGCUUCAGAUUCAAGCGGAGGUGUCCGAACAGACCCAAAAAAAGGAUGCGAUGCAGACGGUGAUCCGCAUCCUGGAGUCUGUGCAGCUGAAGUGGGAACACUUCCAGACGUGGACUGAGUUCUCUCGGCUGCACCUUUCCAACAAGUUGGCCAUCUUUGGAGUGGGCUUCAACACGCGGUGGCGCGAGGACGUGCGGUACCACUACGCUGAGAUCAGCUCCCAGGUACCGCUGGGGAAGCGGCUCAGAGAGUACUUCAACCCGGAGAAGCCGGAAGGCCGGGUCAUCAUGACCAAAGUCCAGAAGAUGAACUGGAAGAAUGUUUACUACAAGUUCCUGGACAUCACCAUCAGCGAGGCGCGCUGCCUGGAGCUGCACAUGGACGUGGACUGGGUUCCCGUCUCCCUGUCCAGAGCCACAGGCAGCAAGGCCACCUCCCACUACCUCCUUCCUGGGGACAUCCCCAAGACUUACGGACUGUACGCGGUUGGCUACGAGGCGUUGUCGGCCUGCAACGCCGAGAGCGAGGACUUCCCUCAGUGUAAAACAGAAAACGGCGCGGGGACACCUGCUGACGGAGCAGGAGCCGGGCAGGGGGACUGGACCGGGACCAGAGUCACCUACUGCUACCUGGGCAUAGCCGAGGACAGGACCAUUCAGCAGUGUUUGCUCCAGGACUUUCAGGGUUACGGGAAACACUACGUUCCCAGAGAGACCUCCAGCGUGACCCGUUUCCUGCAGAAGAACUGUGCCAGCGCCGGGUCGAGUCAGGGUGGCGAGGGGGAAGACUGGCCGCAGUGUUUGGCCAUUUACAUUAAGUUCAUUGAGGUGGAGCUGGACUUCCUGUCGGCAGGCUCCCUGGUGGAGUGCCUCGAAACGGCUGUAGGUUAUUCCUUAAAACACAACCACCAAGACACUUAACCAGCACUGUGUGUUUCAGAUUUCACUUAACUAAAGAUGCGACUCAAAUCAGAAAAGACUGGGAACCAGUAACCAGGCGGUGAUUCUUAGGUUCCCGGUAACCUUUGUGUCUUCGGAGACGGUAUGAACCCAAGAUAUUUCAUGUUGUUUCUCAUUAACUUUAUUUUACGUUAAAUUCAUCAAUUUUUUACAUUUCAGACUAGCAACAUAUUCCACAGCAACUUUUUUUCACUUUAAAAACUUAAAAGCUGUUGCGUCACAGAAGAUGCCAGCGAUGAAGAGCUGCAGGUGUUAGUUUGUAGCUUCUGAACACAGAGCACAUUUCCAUCCAUUCCUUAACAUUUAAAACUGGAAAUUGAACGUACACAUAAUUGGAAACAUCAAUUUUGCAACAACUAUGUCUUUUUUUUCUAUUUGAAACAAGUAUCUCACAAAACAGUUCUCAUCACCGUGAAAUCAUGGACUACGACUGCCAUAAA